AUGUCCACCCCAAGCGACCUUCAGGCUCUUUUUGCGAGCAUCAAGCCGCGUCCUUCGCCAUCGCAGGAUGGUCAGCCAUCACCUUACCCUCCCCCCGGUUCGCGGUCGUUCAGUCACCAGUCGUUUGACGGACAACAACGUGUAGCGCCUGGGCAACCGCCACAACAACAACAUCCCCAUUACUUCCCUCAGCAUCAGCACGGUUAUCUCAAUCCCUCUGUUUCGUCGCCGCUCUACAGUCCUGGUCCCGCCAACACGCCGCCUCACCAUGGAUCAGACAUCAUCAGCCCCAACGUGUCGACGCCGCGUGGUGAUGGUCAGCAACGUGCUGGCCCCGAUCAGGCUACGAGUUUACUCAACCUUUUGAAGUUUAAACAAAACAAACCUGCCUCUUCGCAGCUCCCAAACACCUUCGACGCGUCUGCCUCGCUGCCGGUGGAUUACCAGGAGACUGGUGCAUCCGCGGGCCAGCAAUCCCAUUCAAGGGCCAUCUCCGCUUCUGACCUGGUUGCCUCAUUCAAUUCGAAAGCUGCUGCUACCACAGAUUCGGCACCGCCACAAACUGCGACUGCCGCGGGUUAUGGUGGAGCUACUGAGAGCUCUGCAACAAACGCAGAGGCUCAGGACGUGCUUUUGCUUCUUUUGAAUCGAUCGCAGAACAAAACGGAAGAUACCAACCGUGCCUUUCAGGAUACUUCCGACUCUCAACCUCGGUCUCCUGAGCCUCAGGUUCACAGUGGUGCUUCCGCAGCCCAGCCAUCGAUGCACGUUUUUGGGUCUCCCGAGAACAAGGAUUCCUUGAAUUUUGAAGCGCCACAGCCAGGUCCGUCCCAGGGUACUCUAUUCACGUACUCCAACCCUUUUGAGCAGCUCGCGCAUCACACUCAACCAAAGUCUCGCAGCGACAGUCCUGUAGUCGACACAAAUCGGCUAAAGAAAGAACCUACCAGCGUCCUGGAUUCAAAACCCAAGUUUGAUGCUCCAGUCAAAUUCGAGGCGGCCGAACCAACUGCCGGGGAGAAACAACCCGAGCAGAAGGAGACCGUGCCAUACACUGCUGGUGAAAUUGCUCAGCAGUUGGGGGACGCCCUGAGCAGAGCUAAUCGAGAAGAGACAGCUCGUGCAAAGGUUGACGAAGGUGGUUCCAAGAACGUUGGCUCGGCUGUCACGGAAGAGACUCGCACUACUGCCGUAAAGACAGAAGGUGAAGAGCACAAAGAAAAGGUGAAGGAAGUCACCCCCGUUCCCCAUGUUGAACCCGUGAAACACGCAGUCAACGAGGGAAAAGCUGUCGAUGGAAAUGUCGCAGAUAGCUGGGAGAGCGCUGAAGACAGUGCUGAGAAAACCGAAGAACGCAUUAUUCGCGUUUUCAACUUCCCUUUGAAGCCAUUCAUUUCUAUUGUCGUGAAACCCGACAGCGGCAAGCUCCCCUCGUUCCGUGACGAUGGUAUCAUGGACGUUGCCCGUCUGAAGAAAGAUUUUGAUCAGCUUGACCGUUGCUUGACUUCGGCAACUACUGAAUACAUUAUCUAUGCUUUGGCGAAGAAUGGUGGUUUACGGAUUAUUCGUCAGGACGAUGGACGCGACAAGCAGAUCUUCCGUUUCGCCCGCGACCGUCUCUUCAACGUUGCUCUCAGUCACGCUGCACCCUCUGCCUCCAGCCCUUCGAAAGAGCAAGCUGUUCUGGCAAUUGGUGUUAGUGGUUCUGUUUACUGGGCACCUAUCUGUCGCGGAGAUGAUGACCUGUUUGAAAUGGAUUCUGUUGAAAGUGAUUGCCUCAUUUUCCCUCCGUACCCUUCAUCCGACGAGAAUACCUCUGGUGGUCAGCUGAAAACGCGCGCUAAACCAAGCUCUCGUCAUACGGAAUUCUUUGGCAUUGGCCGCGGCAAGAAUAUCUACAUUGUUUCCCCUCAGUUCGCCGCUCACCCGACCUAUGGAGUUUCUGGCUCGCAGCGAAUUGUUGACACUGAAAAGUUCUUCAAGGAGCAUGCGUUGAAGAUCUCCACUGGCAAGGCUGGAAAGGACUUUACCUUUAGUGAGGACGAUACAGUCGUGGCAUCUCUCGAUAAGACCGGGAGAUUGAGAUUCUGGGACAUUCGCGAGGUGGAUCAGAUCUUGACUGGCUCUCCUCCGCCUGAAGUGCGCACUCCUCUUACUACAUUUGUCACCGGCUCUCCGAAUGAGAAAUCAUGGCCUACUUCGGUUUUGUUCAUAGACAAGUUACGUCCGUUUGUCAAGGCCCUUGCCCUUCGUUACGUGCUCGUUGGCUUGAAGCAGAACCACACUCUUCAACUGUGGGAUAUUGGCCUUGGAAAAGCUGUUCAAGAAGUCAACUUUCCUCAUGGGAAGGAGUCCGAUGCUAUUUGCAGUGUCGCCUACCAUCCCUCUUCGGGAAUUAUUGUCGUCGGCCACCCCACAAGGAACUCGGUUUACUUCCUUCAUUUGUCGGCACCCAAAUACAACUUGCAGCCCAUGUCUCAAGCAAAUUACAUCAAGCGUGUCACCGAAAAGGACGCGACACUACCCAAACCAGACUCGACAGCUUGCUUGAGCGGCAUCCGCGAGGUGUCUUUUGCUUCGAAGGGCCAAUUGAGAAGCCUCGACAUUCUUCCUAUCAGCAAGUCUAUGGGUAGCCAACGCAAUGUGGAAGAGGAGGCUGGAUUGUUUGAAAUCUACGCCAUGUAUUCUCGGGGUGUCACUUGCUUGAACGUCAAGAAAGAGGACCUUGGCUGGACUCCUGAAAACAAAAUUAUUGAACCUGUCGAUGCUUUGAAGGAGGGCUAUAUUGAGGCCAAUGAUCUCCAGACAUUCCCCACUUACGUUGUUGACGAGCCUUCUAUCAACGGCGACUCUGUUACUACCAGUACCACGCAAAAGACUGUCACCAAGGACACUGGCAAGAAGGCGACAGACCUGACAGUUGAGUCUGCUUCUAAUGUUGUAGGUUCUCGUGCUGCAUCGCCUGUGAAGCCGCUGGGCAAGGUCUCGGCCGAUGAGCAAUCAGAGGUGACCAGCGGCGCCGAUAAGGCAAAGAAGAAAAAGAAGGAGAAAGCCAAGGAGACCAGCAAGGCAGCAGUGCCUCCGCCCAAUGACCUUAACAAGUAUUUCACGCCAGCCAAAUCUACUCAUCAAACUAAAGAGGAAGAAGUCAGCGACAAAGCUCGCGUCCCUACAACAAAUGGCGAACCCAUUAACGUGGGAAUUACCAGUGAAAUGAUCAAACAGUUUGAGAAGGGCAUUUCCGAUGAGGUCAUGCAGAAGAUUAGUGGCGAGUUGAACCAGCUUCACACACGAUUUGACGAAGAACGUCGCGCAUGGGAAGCUGCAUCAAACGCGAAGACCGACCAGGUACUUCGACUUGUGUCUAGCACUCUUUCUGAAAAUGUCGAGAAGAACCUCUCUCGCAUUAUCAACGGUAGCAUCAAAGACGAUGUCUUGCCUGCGGUUGUCAGCUCGACUUCGACCGCUAUCAACAAGCAAAUCGGCGAUGCUGUUUCGAAACAGCUUGGCCAAAUCUUCCCGCGAGAGCUGCGUCAGGUGUUGCCUGAAUACGUUUCCCGCGCAGUCAAGCAGCAGGACGUAUUGCGUUCGAUUUCAGAUGCGGUAGGCGGCAAGAUAGCGCACCACGUAGAGGCGGAGUUUACGAAGUCCACGCAGAAUGUGGUGACUCCUGCGAUCAAGACUGCCAUUGCUCAUCAUUCGGAGACAGUUAUCAAGGAUCUUAAACAGGGCUUCCAGGCCCAGUCGAAGCAACUCGAAUUACAACGCCAGCAAGAUGCGGCUAAGAUUGAUCAGCUGACAAACCUGGUGCAGACAUUGAACGAGUCUCACACCAUGAUGAUCGCCUCGCACACUGCGCUGCAAAACGAAGUUGCGAUGCUCCAGCGCCAACUGCGAUCACAAGAGCCUGCGCAGCCUACUGCCCAACCACCUUUGCAGCCUGCACGUGCCCCGGCUCCGACCGGGGCCACUCCUGAGGAGGCUGAAUUGAACGAGAUUGUUCGUUUGGCAGAAGAUGGAAACCUCGAAGAGGCAUCAGUCAGAUGGCUACAAUCGUCCCAGCAGGCCGAUCUUUUUGACAACUUUUUCGUCCGUCUGGAUCCGCGAUACCUCAGCACGCUGUCUCCGAUCGUGUCUUUGUCCGUUGGAGUGGCUGUUAGCACCUCUCUAGAUACAAAUGUACAAGAGCGUCUCGCCUGGCUUGACUGUGUACUGAAGACCGUGAACCUCGCUGACUCUGAUAUUCGCGACGUGGCGCCUCAAAUUAUGGAAAUCCUCAUCCAGCGUCUGAAUGCUUUGUACAUGACUGCUGCUCAGAAGAACCCCCACGAUAUCAUACUUCGUCGCAUUGCCCCGCUGGCUCGACGCGCACAAGAUCUUCGUGGUUAA